CGCAGCAGGAGCAGGAGCAGGAGCAGGAGCAGGAGCAGGAGCAGGAGGUGCCGCCGGGGAGGAUGAAGAUGCAAGCCGAGGUGAUCCGCGAAGGCGAGCUGGAGAAGCGCAGCGACAGCCUGUUCCAGCUGUGGAAGAAGAAGCUGGUGGUGCUGACCAAAGACAGCCUGAGCCUCUUCCCCGACGGGCACAAGCGGGCCAAGGGCAAGGAGCUGGGCUUCGGCUCCAUCCUCAAGGUGGACUGCGUGGAGCGCACGGGCAAGUACAUCUACUUCACCAUCGUCACCAAGGACCGCAAGGAGAUUGACUUUCGGUGCCCGGACCAGAGCUGCUGGAACGCCUCCAUCACCAUGGCCCUCAUCGACUUCCAGAACAAGCGGGCCAUCCAGGACUUCAAGAGCCGCCAGGAUCACGCGUCUUGGACUGAAAUGGGACAGGGUACCAAUGAAGGAAAGCGAAGACGAAAGCUGGAAGCGGCUUGGUUUCCUCCAAGCCUGUGGAGGCUGCUGAGCAAAGAGCCCCGGGCUUUGCUGGAGAUGCAUUUAGAAAGAAAAACCAAAGACUUUCGAAAGGACUUCUAG